CUCGCCAAGGGGACGUUUUGCUUGUACUGGAUAUAGUGAGGACGGCAUGGGCGGACACACGGCGUUUGUGCUCUUACUUGCGGCGACCUUGACGCUCUCAUCCGAGGUACCUACUGAUGACUCAGAAGGUUUGAUGACUGAGCCGCAGGUGGCCAUGUUCUGUGGCAAACUCAACAUGCACAUCAAUGUGCAGACUGGCAACUGGGAGCCAGACCCUUCAGGCUCCAAGAGCUGCAUCAGCACUAAAGAGGGCAUCCUGAAUUACUGCCAAGAGGUGUAUCCAGAACUUCAGAUCACUAAUGUCGUGGAGGCCAACCAGCCCGUCAGCAUCCAAAACUGGUGCAAAACAGGCCGCAAGCAGUGCCGCAGUCACAAUUACAUCGUGGUGCCCUACCGCUGCUUGGUCGGGGAGUUCGUGAGUGAUGCCUUGCUGGUUCCUGACAAGUGUAAGUUCUUGCACAAGGAGUAUAUGGACCAGUGUGAGAGCCAUCUGCACUGGCACGCUGUGGCCAAAGAGUCCUGCAUAGACCGUGCCGCCAAUCUCCAUGACUACGGGUUGCUGAUGCCGUGCGGCAUUGACCUUUACCGCGGGGUGGAGUUUGUGUGCUGCCCAAUCGAAGCCGAGCAGGAGUCCGAUAGCGCAGGGCUCGAUGGGGAAGAGUCGGACGUCUGGUGGGGCGGAGCUGAGCCUGAGAAUAAUGAUAACAGCAUGACGCAGCAGACCGACACGGAGCCGGCUACAGCUGAGGAGGAGGAGGAUGAGGAAGAUGAUGAAGAGGCUGACACUUUUGAAAGGGAUGAGAAUGACGAUGAAGAAAUUGACGAGGAGGAGGUGGAGGAGGAGGAAGACGAGGACAUGACCAACGAGCGGGAUAGCGACGAGCGCAGUGCUCACGUCGCCAUGACAACCACCACCACCACUGAAUCCAUCGAGGAGGUCGUUCGAGCCGCUUGUUGGGCACGCGCCGAGUCAGGCCCGUGUCACGAUACGCUGGAGCGCUGGUACUUCAUGCCUGAAAAGGCCCGCUGCGCCCCCUUCUUGUUUGGGGGUUGCGGGGGCAACAGGAAUAACUUUGAUUCCGAGGAAUACUGCCUCGCUGUCUGCAGCAGCUCGUUGCCCACUCUGGCGCCGAGCCCCCCAGACGCCGUGGACCAAUACCUCGAGUCCCCCGGCGAUGACAACGAGCACGGCGACUUCCAGAGGGCGAAGGAAAGCCUGGAGGCCAAGCACAGGGAAAAGUUGUCCCAGGUGAUGAAGGAAUGGGAGGAGGCUGAGAGGAAGGCCAAGAAUCUCCCACGUGCUGACAAGAAAGCUGUCAUUCAGCAUUUCCAGGAGAAGGUGGAGGCCCUCGAGCAGGAGGCCGCCGGAGAGAGGCAACAGCUGGUGGAAACCCACAUGGCCCGCGUGGAGGCUCUGCUCAACAGCCGCCGACGCAUGGCCCUGGAAAACUACCUCAGUGCACUGCAGGCCGACCCUCCACGGCCUCGUCAGGUGUUGAGUCUAUUGAAGAAAUACGUUCGGGCCGAGCAGAAGGACCGCCAGCACACAGUCAAACAUUACGAGCACGUCCGAACCGUCGACCCGAAGAAGGCGGCGCAGAUUCGACCUCAGGUUUUGACCCACCUGCGCGUGAUUGAUGAAAGGAUGAACCAGUCGCUGGGUUUGCUCUACAAGGUGCCCAACGUGGCCGACGAAAUCCACAGCCAAGUCUCCGUCAUUGUUCAGCGAGUUCAGUCCGAGCUUUCUCACCAAGUGUCUUCCUUGCAGAGCGACAACAGGGUGGAUGGCAGGAUGAGUUACGGCAACGACGCCCUCAUGCCCGACCAGGCGUACAGCUCGGCCCCGAUGGAUCCCGGCCUCGACAGGCUGGGCUUCAUCCACCCCGAGAGCUUCAACCAGCCCAACACUGAGAACCACGUGGAGCCAGUUGAUGCCCGCCCACUUCCAGAUAGAGGACUACCCACACGGCCUGUGUCUGCCCUGAAGCCAGAAGAGAUGCCCCAAGUGCAUCUGGAGACUGAUGAGAGACAAAGUGCUGGUUAUGAAGUCCACCAUCAAAAAUUGGUCUUUUUUGCCGAGGACGUUGGCUCCAACAAAGGCGCCAUCAUCGGGCUGAUGGUGGGAGGCGUUGUCAUAGCGACCGUCAUCGUCAUCACCUUGGUGAUGCUGAGGAAGAAGCAAUACACUUCUAUCCACCAUGGCGUCAUCGAGGUGGAUGCUGCAGUGACGCCCGAGGAGCGUCACCUGGCAAAGAUGCAGCAGAACGGCUACGAGAAUCCCACCUACAAGUUCUUUGAGCAGAUCCACAACUAAAAAGAGCCCCCCCCUCCCCGACCCACAGGUGCUGUUCCACUCUCUGCUCCCAUUUGACAUUUGAAAAACCGCGCUCAUUUUAAAAGCCAGAGAUUUUUUUUUUGUUUGUUUGUUUGGGCCAAAGGAAGCAGACAUGGAACAAAGCCUUGUGAACCCUCUCAAUUGCACAAAGUAACACUAACAGAGUGAGACAAGGGUACCCUGUGUCACCUGCACAUUUAAGCCAAUCACGCAGUGUUUGUACUCUAUGAACUUGUCAACUGGCCAUAUAUAUAUAUAU